UGAGCCUCAGCUAAUGGUCAGCAGCCUGGCAGCCUUGAGCAAGGGGCAUGAUCUCCUCUCACUUCUCUCUGGAGCAACAACCUGAAGACAGGUACUGGACUUUCUGGAGAUAAAGCCAUGGCAACAACAAAGUGCACCCCUGAUGAUCCUCAGCCCAGAAGACAGCAAGAUCUCCAGGAGAUGCUGACAGAAGUGGGGUUGUCUGUUGACUACUGGCUACCUAAGCUGCAGAAAGACCUGGGUGUGACCUGUACCCAAGCCUUACAACACUUAAAAGAAAAAGAUCUCCAGAAGCUGAAGUCCCAGACACAACACACAUGGGAGGAAAAGGCUCUGGAGAAACUGCUUGACGCUUCACAGCCAAAUAGUGUUGCAGAGUUCCAGAAAAAUCUAGGGGAGAUGAUAAGGAACAGGCAGAAACAGGCAGAACAGGCCCUGCAGGAGUUCAGGGCCUUGCAGUUAGAAGGAAAGAACAGACAGGAAGAGGCAGUGAAGAGAAAAGAAGCAGAGCUGAGACAAGCAAUGGAGAUACCUGAAGAGUGCUGGCCAGGGCCUGAGGUGUCCCUGAAAGAUGUCACUGAAACAAUGGAGAGACAACUGAAGGACAUGGAGCUGAAACUGACCUACAGGGGAAAUCUCCAUGACAGAGACUUGGUAAGAUGGGCUUCUGGAGGACUGGCUCUGCAGGGAAUUUAUAAGACCUGCCACCAAAAGGACCUGGUAGCAAGAAGAGAAGAACUGCUCAGGGUCCCCGAGGAAUUCUUCCUCUUUGGAUCUGAGCAAGGAAAAAGGAUGGAAGCAAAAGAAUUCAUAUCUUCUAAAGAAGAAACCCUGUUCACCAAAACUGUGGAGAAGUUGGGAUUUGGAGCAAUGAUAUCAGCCAAGGGUGGAUGCUAUGGAUUUAGCCUGGAAGGUGGUAGAGAUCAAAGUAAACAUUCAGACUCUAAGGACAUCUGUGAAUCAUAUUCAGAGCAUUCUUAUUUCUGCUCAGCCAAGUAUUGCUAUAUGCCACUGGUCUCCUCUCACUUUCAAAUUGAUCAGCUUCAGCUCUCCACUGCUGCUCUCAAGGAACUGAAAAUCAUUGAAGAACAGCUGGAACACACUGAUGGACCAGACAGAUUCCUCUUACUGAGGAACAGGACUGAAAACUUCUUCAACAGAUUUGGCUCUCAUGCUAAUCUAGGACCUCUGCACCUUGGGGGAAUCUACUGCUGGAAGGCCAUUUCAGAGGGUUUCAACAGUGACCAGCUGGAUUGUGUGAAGCAGCAGACAGCAGAGGCCUUGGAGAGUUACAUAAGAGGGAGCUACAUUGGCUGUGGAGUUGAAGUUGGGGCAAAAAUGGCAACAUCAGACUCACAUUUAGUAAAAUCCUGCCAAAAUGCAACUAAUCAACAGUUCCAAAUCAAAGUCCAAUUAUCUGUGGCCCAGAUAGGUGGACCACCAGAAGCAAAUGGAUUUGUUCAGUGGACAACUGGCCUUCUCACCAGCAACAAAACCUGGUCUGUCAUUGACCAAGAACUUCAGCUGGUACCCAUUUGGGACAUCAUCCUAUCUAACCACAGAAGCAAUUUUAAGGACACCUUUCUGGUGGCUAAAUGCCUGGCAGACAACUACUCUGCUCUGACAGGUCUUGCUGCCCACAUCCAGGAUGGAGAAGAGUUGCUGAACACCAUAGAGGAAGCAGAACUUUUCCUGAAUAAUGUGAAAUUCUGGGAGGUCUCUGACCCUGAAGAACAGCUUAACAACCUGGUGGAUUUCAUGCAAACACUGGCUCACAAGACAAAAGGUUAUGAUGUUUGGAUUAAUACAUGCCUCACAAAUUUGGAUCUACAGAAUUUUCUCAUAGGAACUGUCAACUAUUGCAAGAACUCUUCCAUUAAAAGGUCUCAGUUUAUUAAAUCUCAGUUCCUCAGCCUUCUAGAACCUCAUGUUUACAAACUGAAAAACUUUCCUCAGGCACAUUCAAUCAUGCAGUGGAUCUACCAGGAAGACUCAGAGGAACAGCAACGCAAAAUCACUGAAUUUUCUGAAUUCCUUAAAAGUUUGAAAGAAAUCCAAAAAUCUCUCAUAGAAGUAAAUGUCAAGUCUGAGUUCUCAGAAACAGUGGAAGAAGCUCACAGAAAGGCCACCUGUGAGGUCACCAGAGCUCUUGGCUCCUUCUUGAACCACCUCAGAGAAGCAGAACAGCCAGACAUGCAGCUGCUGCUACUCUCCAUUGCAGCUGGUGCAGGCUAUCAGGUGGAAAGCAAUGUUUUUCAGCCUCUCCUGGGGUGCACUGAGAUAAGCUUCCUCCUGGAUGAAAUACAAACUGUCCAACACAGAUAUCAGGAGCUCAAAACUAUCUGCAUAGACAGGGCACAGGCAUUCCUAGUGCUCAAAGCUCUGACAACCACAGUUGGAGUCUCAACCAUUUCUCCAGAAGAAAAAACAAAGCGCUUGGCAUUAACAAGGCAGCAUAUGGAGCCUUUAUUGUCUACAAAAUUUGCACAUGUCCUCACAAAAUUUGAAACUGAUCAUGAUUGGGAAAAUCUAGAGAAUAAUUUGAGAUUACACAUUGAUGGGAAUUAUGAAGACACCAUCCCAACUUUGCAGAUGGAUGAGAUAAAAAAGCAACUGCAAAGUCUCUACCCUGAAAAGAAAGAGAUUUGUAAACAAAAAGAUAGUGAAAAUAACCAAAAGGAAACCAUAAAAAAGGGACCUUUCUUAGACUUACUCCAACGUCUGGGUCUAGAACAUAACUACCUAAAAAAGAUGAGCAGAGCUGACUUCCAUCUGAUCUACAAGACUUCAGUGUACAAUACACAGCCAAAAUCUGAGCAGGAACUUCCCUUCUAUUUCCUACAAAAGCUACUGAUGCUAGAUUGUGGGUUUAGAUAUCUAGUCUUCAAAAAUCCUGGAAAUGCAGAAAACCAAGACUCUGUAGUUCCUUGCAACCAGGAAAAUGAGGCUUUUGAUCCAUAUGAAGAAUUGUUUGAUGACAGAGAUGAAGUCACUAAUUCUUCACCCACUGAGUCCCAGCCCCACAUUCACCCAAUGGACAUCCAGAUGGCCGUUUUUCACUGUGCAGAUGAUCUUGCCAGACAAUAUAUUCUGUCCAAACUUUCCACUUGUCAAUUUGCACUCCCCCUUGUGGUGCCAAAUCCCAACACUUCUCAGAUUGAAUUUUCUCUCUGGUCUCUCAGACAAAUUAAGAGAAGUUGGCAAGAGAAAAAUGGCUCACAACAGAACAAGAGCUACAGUCACAGGAAUCAGCAGAUGUGCCGUGUCUCUACCCCCAUUGUGUCCUUCAUUAGAGUGGGUAAUGGCCUCUCUGCUUCCAAAUCUCAGAUCAUGAACUCUCUCCUCAGUAAACAUAAACAUGACAUGUUUUUUCACAGACACUGCAGAGGAAGCCACAAACACUGUCUCCUGAUGGAGGGAGUGGUAGAGAUCUGCUGGUUCUGUCCUGGCAGCCAAGGUGAGGACAUAUUUGACAAGUGUGUGGCCUUCACCAAUCUUCAUGGAGAUGCCAAGGAACAUAGACAACAACUCAGCUUCCUGCAGGAUGUCUCUUCUCUCAUUGUGAUCCUCAUGUCAGCUUCUGAUGACAAUAAAGAAAACCAGAAUCUUGUGAGACACCUGUGUCAGUCAUCAAAACCUCUGAUCUGUUUGGUUGAUGACAAAGAAAAGGCCAUAACCAGUCAUUCUGGUAAAAAAAUGAGGAUUGGUAUCAGAAAUAGAAAUGAGGCAGAAUUAACAGAGGAGCUCUCAAACACCAUCAAACAUUUGCUAGAACUCUCUGGCACUCCUCUUAGCUUAGAGGACUGUUCACAAAUGGCUAGGAAACAAGGAUUUCUGAUUGAUGAAGAUAAAAGAGAAAUGAGAGCAGCCAAAGAAAAGGCACAGACUAUACUGGACCUCCUGAAGCUAUCAAAGUUACCUGAGGUAAAAGAAAACUUGCUGCCCCUGCAGGGACAGCUGUGGCACCAUUGGUGUAAGAAGGACAAGGAACUCUAUCAUCUGAGAGAAAAAGGGAAUCGGAGCAUUGAACAACACAAGAGUGAAAUUGAGAUAGAAAAGCAAAAACUACGAUGCCAGCAGUUGAAAAAGGCCUUUCCUCUCAAUCCUUUGAUGUGCUCUGUUCUACAAAUUCUCCAAGAAGAUUUAGAAAUUUACACCAAACUCUAUUUCUUACACUGGUUAAGUGUGGUUUUAGAAAAUCUAACCUCAGGACACUUGGAGAAUUUGCUUAGGACACAACAAGCUUUGUGGUCAAAGGUACAGGAAGAAAAGCAAAAGGAAGAGAAGAGCAGCUCCCUGACACUCUGGCAGAAGCAGAUAGAAUCCAUCUCUACUGAGAUUCUUAACUGCACUUUAGGAACUGAGCACCUUCUCCGAGAAGUUGGCCAGAUCUAUGAAGCUCUGGAAGAAACUUGCUCCUCUAGAGAUAGCCUUUUUCUACACCUCCCUGAAAUUGCUGCAGACCUUAUGGUAGCUGGUGUUCCCAUUGAGCUGAUGGAUGGGGAUGCUUCCUAUGUACCCCUAAAAUGGGUGGCAUCAAUUUUUGACAAGAUCUCAGAGAAACUUGGAGACCAAAGACUGUUCGUUCUCUCUAUUCUUGGUCUGCAAAGCUCAGGGAAAUCCACUUUGCUAAAUGCCCUGUUUGGGCUGCAGUUCACAGUCAGUGCAGGCAGGUGUACCAAGGGGGCCUACAUGCAGCUCCUGAAGGUGGAAGAGACAUGCACAGAGGAACUUGGCUUUGAUUUUGUGCUUAUUGUAGACACAGAAGGACUUCGGGCUCCAGAACUCAACAACAAAUCCCACAAUUGGGACAAUGAGUUGGCAACCUUUGUCAUUGGCCUUGGAAACCUGACUCUGAUCAAUAUUUUUGGGGAGAAUCCAUCAGAAAUGCAGGAUAUCCUACAAAUUGUUGUCCAGGCCUUUCUGAGAAUGAAACAAGUGAAAAUCUCCCCCAGUUGUCUCUUUGUCCACCAGAAUGUGGGUGAAGGUACAGCAAAAGACCAAACUAUGGAAGGAAGGAGGCAACUGGAGCAGAGACUGGAUGAAAUGACAGCAUUAGCUGCUGAACAGGAAGAGUGCUCCAACAUAACCCGCUUCAGUGAUGUAAUUAAAUUUGAUAUCAAUUAUCAUGUCUACUACUUUGCUCACCUCUGGGAUGGCAAUCCUCCAAUGGCCCCUCCCAAUCCUCGCUAUAGCCAUAAUGUCCAGGAACUGAAGAAUGAGAUUCUUAAGACUGCCCAGCAGAAAUCUAGGGGAAGGAUCAUGAAGAUCUCAGAUGUAAAAAUCCGUGUUCAAGAUUUAUGGAAAGCCCUGGUCAGUGAGAACUUCAUUUUCAGUUUCAGGAACACCCAAGAGGUCAUAGCCAUGAGUAAACUGGAAACAAUGUAUAACCACUGGACCUGGGAGCUGAGGAGUCAUGUGCUGGAAUUACAGAAUCAGCUGAACAAUCAGAUUCAGAAUGGGAAAAUCCGGACACUCACACCUGACACACUUGAGGGCCCAGUUAAUAAGAAAUAUGAAACAAUCAAGCACGAAUUUGACAAAUAUUUUGAAGAAGACACAGAUAGGGAAACAUUGGUUCAAUGGAGAACAAAUUUUGAAAAUAAGCUACUAAUGCUUAAAGGUGCACUUAUUACAGACACCAGAAGUAAAGGCAAUGAACUCAUCAAUCUCAAACAAAGCCAAGAAAGACUAGAUAACCAAAAGUCACAAUAUGAAAAUGAAUUGCUAGAGAAGAGCCGAAAGUUGGCUUUAAGUGUGAAGGGUAAAGAAUUAAGUGAUAAAGAGUUAUAUGAGAAAUUUGAUCAACUUUGGACAAAUUGGAUCUACAGUGUGUCUUUGACUGCACCUCAUGUCACAGAGCCUAACAUUGACAGAGAUUCUGAAAACAUCCUUCUGGAUUAUUUCAAUAAGGAGAAAAACAUUGUGGAAAGACUUAAAAAGGACUCUGGAGAGAUGUUUGAAAUCAAUUAUGCCAAACAUGUCCAAGUGAAAAAAUGGUUUAAGGUAUUUCCAAAGAGCUUAGAAAGUUGUCAUAAAGAAUCAAUUAAGAAGACUACUAGUCACAUUGAAUUAAGAUUUAAUGAAACAAUUAAAAACAUUUUGAAGCAAAGGCGUGAUUACAGUCCAAAUGAUUUUCAUGAAAUCUUGAGGAUAAUAGAAAAAGAACUGAAAUCUGUACCUCCUGAGGAAGACUACACAUUUACCAGAGACUACAAUAUUGAUUUAUCCUUAUGUUUAUUCCAAAGAGCAUCUAAGAGUUUCAAGGAAAUAAACAGGGCAUUCAAGAGAGCAAAUGAUCCUGUAAACUAUCUGGAGAGAAAGAAAGAUGAUUUCUUCAUCAAUUUUAAGAUCUCCUGCCAAGGUGCCACCUCCAUCACAUCCUUUGUUGACUUCCUGUGGCUCAAGCUCACUCCAGCUAUCUAUGCCACUAUAUGGGAGCAAAUGGGUCCUAAAGUAGCUGGGGACAUGAGAGCCACCUGCCCUUCCUUCAAUGGAAACAGGGCUAACCUGGAGAAACAUAUUCUCAUUUCUCUGGCAGAAGAAGAAAACUUUGGUAAGUAUUGGCAAUACAUUCAUCAGCCAGAAAAUUUCUUCAGGAAUUACAUUAGAGACCACAUUAGAAGAUACUGUUUUGAAAAAGAAGGUAAAAAAAUAAAGACUUUCUUAAAAAUAAGUUUAGGUGACAUCAAGAAUGCCAUCCUCACUGCCAUUCAUGAGUCCACAGCAGUAGCUACAGAUAAAGGCAGCACUGCUUCUGCCUGGUUGGAUUUGUUCUGUGAUCACCUGGGGAGCAACUUGAUCUUUCCAAGAAAAGACCUGAUAAGCAUUGAGCACCAGGAGAUAAAGGAUAUGGAGUUUCUCAAAGAAGUCAUGAGCACAGCUUUGGAUCCUGCAAUGAAGAAGGUAGAAGAGGACUGCACAAGUAAGGACAUAGAUGAAAUGAUUCCUGAUAUUGAGAAAAUUCUCUUUGCACAACUCUGUGGCUGCUGGAAACAGUGUCCUUUUUGUAAAGCAAUUUGUACCAACACCAUUCCCCAGCAUGAAGGAGACCACAGUGUGCCAUUCCACCGUCCUGCCGCUGUCAAUGGAUGGCAUUGGGAUAAAACAGACCACUUUUUCAUUGACUUCUGUACUAGUUCAGUAGCAAGUGAUCGUUCAUUUAUUUUAAGUGAUAACAAGGUAUUCCCAUUCAAGAAAUAUCGAGAAGCAGGAGGUGAGUAUGCCACAUGGAGCAUCACCCCAGACUCAUCUACCCAGCCAUAUUGGAAAUGGUUUGUCUGUCACUUCAGAUCAGAGCUUGAAGGAAGAUAUCAAAAAAACUUUAAAAAGUUAGGUACUAUUCCAGAUUCAUGGACCAAAAUCACAAAACAAGAAGUAAUUGACAACUUGAAAAAUAAUUACGCAAAUAGAAUACUGGCACUGACACAUACUAUACAAGGCUUUUUUGAGGAACCUUCAUGAUAGUAGCUGAUAAACGCAAUACAUAAAGACAAAUCACUUACUAUUUCAAGACCUGAAGAUUUUCUACUGAAGAGAUAUUUUCCUGUCUUGAUUUCUCCUGCUUUGAAUAUGAUGUACUAAAUAUGAGAAUAUAUGAUAAAAAUUAAUAUCCAUUCAAAAGCCUACUUCAUACUUUAUUAUUCUGAAUACUUGUUUAGAUAUAUAGUGUGGCUCAUUAGAAGUUGUCGUAUUAGAAGAGAACUCUAGCAUUUCAGUUGCCACUUAUCCACUUAGAACAACUAAGUGGCAAAUUCAACCAACAUAUAGGUCUGGGAAAAAUAUAUAAUUUGCCUUAAAGUUCUUUAAGUGGAUGUUUUUACCCUCUCCGGUUAUGAGAAAACAUGGCUGUUGAAUUUUGAAUGCAAUUGGCCCCCAUAAUCUCAUAGGAAAUGGCACUAUUAGGAGCUGUGGCUUUGUUGGAGUGGAUAUGGCCUUGUUGGAGGAAGUGUGUCUCUGUGGGGGUUAGCUUUGAGGUUUCCUAUGCUCAGGAUACAGUUCUGUGUUUCAGUCAACUUUCUGUUGCCUGCAAGACAUGUAGAGCUUUCAGUUGCAACACCACAUCUGCCCGAAUGCUGCCAUGCUCCCCACCAUGAUGAUAAUGGACUGAACUUCUGUGCCAGGGACUGGGAUACUGCUGUGAUAGCCCUGACCAUGUUUUUGUUUGUCAUAAUAUGGACUUUUUUGUGUUAGGAAAGCAGUGGAAUGCUUUAACGUGCUGCUUUAUGGUUCAUACUAAUAAGAGCAUGGGAUACAUGGGUACUGAUUGUAAUUUUAUGAACUGUGGGCGUCAAGAGGUUUCAGAGGAGAAGAAUGUUAUUAUGUGGCCUAGAAACUGGUAUUAUAAUAUUUUGGGGUGAAGAAAGCAGCUGAUUUUGUCCUUAUCCAAAGAGUGUGCCUGAGGCUAAAGUGAAAAGUUUUGGAUUAACUCCCUUGGCAGAAGAAAUCACAAGGCAGCCUGGUGUAGACUCUGUCAUGUGGUUACUAGUGUUCAUGUUUAUACAGAUUUAUAAUGAAAGGGGGCAAGUUGAGCAUGGUAAACUACAAAAUGAAAAUUUUAAGGAGAAAAACAAGCACCAGGAAGUGGAACCUAGCUAAAUCCUGUAUUUAAAAAGGUAAAUGGAUCAAGAAAUUGAAUAAAGGGAGUGGUGAUGUCAGGGCAAGAUCCCACCCAGCUAAGUUUCCAACUUGUGGGAAAAAAACUAAAGAAAAGCUUGGAGCCCUGUGUGAUAGGGUACACUUUUAACCCCAACACUGGAAAGGCAGAGACUGGAAGGUCUCUGAGUUUGAGGUCAGCCUAGUCUAGAGAUCCAGUUUCAGAACAGCCAAGUGUAGGCAGUGAAGAAAGCUAGUGAAGAUGUAAUUGAACAAGGGGAGGCAUGUUCUAGUCCCAGUAAGCAGCAGAAUUUAGCAGAUUCAGCCAUCUGGUUCUGGUUUUAGAAUUAAGGAUAAAAGAAAUAGGCUAUGAAAUUUGGCCCCAAAAUUAAGGAAAGCUACUUAGGCCAGACAUGUGUCAGGGUGUCCCUGAAUGGAGGCCUAGUAGAGAGGCCAUUUUGUGAAGCUGUGAAACUGUAGCCUGGAUUGUCUUGGAGACCCAAGAUGUUAGAGAUGUCAGAGUUGUGCGAUACUUACCAAAGAGAGCUGUUAACAGGAUUAGAACCAGGCAAAGAGAAAGACAUAUGUUGCAAUCAACAAAGCUGAAUGGCAUUGGAGAUUUGCAGAGCAUUUUGACAUUAGACAUGAAGAUGCAAAAUUUGGACUUUUCCCAGCUGAUUUUUGGUCUUGCUUCAGUCCAUUAUUUUCUCACUAUGCUCCCUUUUCUGUGAUUUGGAAUAGUAAUGUAUAUUCUGUGCCACUACAUAUUGGAAGUGUGUGAUCUGCUUUAGAUUUUGAAUCUACAGGUGAUUACAGUUAAAAGAUUGCAUAAAUCUGAGAAGAAACUUUGAACUCUGGACUUCAAAGCAUUAUUGAGACUGUGAUAGACUAUGGGGACUUUUGAAGUUGGACUAAAUGCAUUUUGCAUUAUGGAUAUUGGUAUUCAAAACAUAGUGUUACCCAGCUACAAACCCUGAAACAUAUAACAGUGACCUGUCUACAAGAUAUAUUAGUGCAAAAAUGGCACAAAUUUUGGCAGAUUAACCAAACACUUUCUGAUUGGAUUUAAGACCUACUCCAUAAUGUAGAAUGCAUACUGACACUGCUAAUAAGGCCAAGAAUCUAAGGUAAGAUAGGUCUCAGGCUUAGGGGAAAGCCUACUAUCAUUAUUUGGCUAAAUAAUAUGAUAAUAAAAUGAUUACUAUACCCUAUAUCAGUGCCUUGCUCAAUCAAAGAGGCAUUUCCUUAUCAUAGAUGAGAAUUAACACAGAAACCCACAACUAGACAAUGAACAGAAAGUGAGAGACUUUGGAGCACUCCAUCCUAAAUGAGAUGUCUUCACAAAUCCUUCUUCUCAGGGAGACUCAAGGAGCUAUACAGAAGAGAAGGCCAUAUGAUUGCUCUAAAAAAUUCCAUUUAAUGCUGGUCAUCCAUCUUGAAACUUGCUAAAAUUUGUAUCUGGAUUACAAAUUCUCAGUAAUCUCCAACACAGUGACCCAUGUACACACACCCCAAAAUGUGUAGCCGUGACCAUCUACUUGUUAUAUGACUAAUGACUUUUUUUGGCUUCUGUUAUUGGCUUAUACACAUAGCUACAGAUUAUUUUUUUCAUCUUCACCACUUAACAGCUUAAUAGACCGGUUUUUGCUUGCUUGAGUAGAUAUUGAAGAUUUGCACCAUAAGAAUCCUUUCCUCACCCUUCUUCUCAUGGCAGUCUCAAGUUUGGCUCAAAGAUUGUUGUCCUGAUAUCAAUUAAUCAAUAAAACAUUUAAUUAUAA